GGAAGAGUGAAUACUAAACCCCGUAAGCGAUACACACGAACCUAUUGCGGCAGAAAGCGCGUCCCACUUAAGAGAGUCCUGCUUGUACUUUUUGCGCUGAUAGAGGGAAAGAAAAGCUGUCAGCGGAAUCAUCACGUAUCUUUCUUGCCAAGAAUACUACUUCACAGUUGCUUGGAAGGAGGCAAACAAACACAGUAAUCUCUUCCUUCGGUUCCUCGUUGUGUUGUGCCUUUUGUUGUGUGCCGAGGCGCGCAUUUUCGCUCGUUUGCGUUGACACACAAAACUCUUGUACGGGCAGUUGCAAUCUCGUACUCACCUGCAGCCACGGGCACGGACGCACGAGCACCUUCAGUCGAACCCUACCAAGAACCCACCAAACACAAAGGAAGAAGAAACCAUGGCAGGAUCACGAAGGUCGUGGUCGCUUCUCGGGAGCACUUGUCUGGUGCUUGCCUGUAUCACGCUAUGCACUGAGAUGGCCAGAGCACAGACUGGGUUGCCGGAGAGAAUAACGUACUAUAACGACGGAGAGGCGCUGUACACCGAUAACGCUGCUGCAAAGACGUUUGAUUCCUCCAUGUCGAUGUGUUCCGCAAACGGGUUGAACCUCUUCAGCAGUGAGACGCUUGCACGUGCGAAGCGCGUGUGGUCCAUGAUAAAGAAGCACGAUCCUAACCCAACCGGCUACUCCACCUACACGUCGCUCUCCCAGAAGACAGGGACAGGAGAGACGUUGUGCAACUACAACAACAACCCUUUCUACCCACCCUCGUCAAAAAAUCCGAAUAUGUUUUACUGCGUCUUCACGAUCCAGUGGGGCCUCUUCUCAAAACGGGUAAUGGCUUACCCGUACGGGGACCAGCCUGGCUUGAACAUCUACCAGUGCGGCUUUAAGUACUACACGAAUCCGCAGAAAGUUCCGUGCGGCGGUUUUAUGCCUUACGCUGCGGGUCUGAAAUGGGACGACGCCUUCGAUCAGCCCAACGGUCAGAACUACACGCUUAUUACCACCAAGGCGGCUGCAGAUGACACGGUGUUGGCCAAUAUUGGCCCCGUGGCCCCCCAGGACUACUACCUCCCCGUUUCCAAAUUUGUGACGGCGUGUGAGGCGCAGGUCUACCAGUACCCCCCGCCUCAAACCUUCACCCCCACGCAGCCCUCCUUUAUUCUCGGCUACAAGGAUUUGACAUGGGUGCAGAAGCACUGGUGGGUGUUGUUCCUCAUCAUCGCCGUGGUCAUUCUCAUUGUGCUCUUCGCCAUUCUGAUCUUCUGUUGUAUUACCAGUGCACCGCCAAAGGAAGGCCCGCCCAUUGCGCCGAUGGUGCUGCGCGAGCGCAACGGGCAGGCCUACGUGAACGCCUCAGACGACGACUCCACGCCGAAGUCACGUGGUCUCUCCAUUGGAGAAGUGAACCGGGCUGGCUCCAACGGCAGCAACUACGGCAUGAACCAGCGCCAAGGGUCGGGUAUGAUGAUGCCGAUGAUGCCGUUGCCGGUCGUAGACCCGGAGGAUCUGAUCCAAGCAACCCCGUCCAUUUACUCCCAAGAUGACGUCAUGCAGACCGCGCAAGGUGAUAGCCGAGCCUCCUCUGACGAGGACAGUGACCACUCCGGGGAAGAGAGCAAUUAG